AUGGACCUUGUAUGGACUGGGGAGGAGAGGGGAAGGCUGAUGCCUGACACAGUCCUUGCAGGUCUAGAGGCUCUCCAUGCUUGGAGGGGAGAGCUCCCUGUGAAAGGGAGUUGGAACUGGGUGUUGGUGAACAUUUCCUUACUAUGUGUCUUUUCAGUUCUUCUCAGGGACCUCUUCAUCUUGCAAGUUGUAGGGCUCGUGUUCACUUACAACUUUUCUAAUUGUAACUUCAAGGAGAUUUCAAAUAUAUAUUCAGAAGCAAUUUACCCUGACCUGGGUAAAUAUUUGAAUGGGAGCCCGUUCGAUCAAAUCGAGUUCUGUGAAAACUUGGUGAGUGAAGUGAUCGGCAGUGCUGGCUGGCUUUCCCUGGGGUGGCGGGCAUCCGGGAAGGACACCUCCGUCGUGUCUUCCGUUCCUCCCCCUUUCCAUUCAGUUUUUAAUUUCUGUCAUUUUCUUUGUUCCCUGAACUCUGCCGCUUGUGAGCAGACAGAUUGUCUCACGAAAAUCGAGUACCAUACUCUCAAUCCUAUCCCUGGCUGCCCGUCACUCCCCGAGAAAACAUUCGCGUUGAAAACGAAAGGGACCCUCACUAAGCAUUGCCCAGGCUACAGUGAAACUCAGAGAAACAAUACCCUGGACAUGAAGCAAGACGUCAAAAGCAUCUGCCUAAAUCAAACCUCACAAAUACAGUGGUUGUGGUUUUCUCUCGUUCAAAUUCCAGAAUAUUAAACUCACCUUUCAUUUUAGAGUAUGGACAUAUAUUGUGGUUUUAGUAGGUAUAGUACUAAGGGUAUGACAUUUAAAAGAACACUAUUGUUUAAUCUUCAAUUGCAGCAGGGAUUCUUAAUUAUUUAUGGUGAACUGCUAUUAUUUAGUGUAGCCGCUUUCAUGGGAGAUGAGCACGGCCCCUCCACUGUCAAUGGAAACACCUGUACUGUUAAUGACCACCUACUGAGCAGGGUCUCUCCUCUGUGCCUGCAGACACCUACUCUAGGGCAAGCUAAAAUGUCGUAGGGAAGGGAACUGAAGGUGGGAAACAAGUUGGAACCAAUGACAGCAUCUAAACCCUGUUUAAAAGCAAGACCGUUUCUGUCUGUAAUGAUUCUCCUAACAUUCUUAUACUAAAAUGUUACUAAGAAGAAAAGGAGAGCAAAGGAAGUCAUGCAAGCAGUUACUGCUACAGUGAAGCAGUCUGAAAGAAGCUUCCGAAGCUUCACAGUCGCUGCCGUGGCUGCACUAUAAAUCCAGCUGCGAAGUGUCCAUCAGGCAACAGGGGCUACAGGAGCAGAUCCUAAAGUGCCUUUGUCCGGUUAUGAGAUUUAUAUUUAAAGUUGUA